AUGGAUGCUCACACCAGCAGAGAGAGAAUCAUCAAAAACUGCAUUGCUCAGACUUCCAGUGUAGUGAAAACUCUCAGAGAAGAGAGGGAAAAGGCCCAGGAUGAUGUAGCAUUAUUAAAGCAACUCAGGAAAGAGCAGACAAAGUUGAAACUGAUGCAGUCGGAACUGAAUGUUGAAGAAGUGGUAAACGACAGAAGCUGGAAGGUAUUUAAUGAACGUUGCCGAAUUCACUACAAGCCUCCGAAGAGUCAAUGAUGUGGGGUAUUUUUCAUCAAGGUGGUCCAUAACCAUGAGAGCCAAACUGGAAAGAGACCUUGGGUGAGCUGUAUUGGGACCCUCCAGAACCAGUAGAACCCAGUCUUAUUUGUUUUGGACCUGCUUAGCUGAAAUACUAAGGUUGAAGUGAUUCUCCUGUAAUUAAGAGAAAACAACUCAUCUUUUGUACAAAAUAUGUGAACAAAUGAGUUUUAUAGUAUUAAAAUAAUUUUCAAAUGGAAUGCGAAACUGGCAUCUUUCUUGAACU